AGUCCAGUUGCCUCUUGAAAAAGCACCUUAGGAACAACCAUGACCUGGAUGACUGACAGAAUAAAGAAGUUGUGUAGUUUAUUUUGUGACUUAUAUCAUACAAAAAAAAAACCCCAGCAAACCUUAUAGAUUAAGCAUGGUAUAAUCAAGAAAAUGGUGCUGUGGAAAAAGAUAUGAUUCUGAUCUGUUUUGGUUUUUAGGAUAUGCCAUUUACCUGUGAAGGCAUCACUCCUGAUAUCAUUAUCAAUCCGCACGCUAUCCCUUCGCGAAUGACCAUUGGUCACUUGAUUGAAUGUCUUCAAGGAAAGGUAUCAGCAAAUAAAGGGGAGAUAGGUGAUGCUACACCUUUUAACGAUGCAGUCAACGUGCAGAAGAUUUCAAACUUGCUCUCUGAUUAUGGGUAUCAUCUGAGAGGAAAUGAGGUAAUCUGAUACAACGAAUGAGUGAUAAGUCUCAUUCUGUCUGCUCUCUGCACUGAUAUGCUAUUACAACAGGAGGAAUUUUUUUUUUCAGGUUCUGUAUAAUGGCUUUACUGGUCGCAAAAUCACAUCACAGAUCUUUAUCGGCCCCACUUACUAUCAGCGACUAAAACACAUGGUAGAUGAUAAAAUUCAUUCCAGGGCAAGAGGACCUAUUCAGAUCCUUAACAGGCAGCCUAUGGAGGGUCGAUCUCGUGAUGGAGGUCUUCGGUUUGGAGAGAUGGAACGAGACUGUCAGAUUGCUCAUGGAGCAGCGCAGUUCCUAAGGGAAAGAUUGUUUGAAGCCUCAGAUCCGUAUCAGGUUCAUGUAUGCAACUUGUGCGGGCUAAUGGCGAUAGCAAACACCCGGACCCACACCUAUGAAUGCAGGGGUUGUCGUAAUAAGACACAGAUUUCUCUGGUGAGGAUGCCAUAUGCCUGCAAACUACUUUUCCAAGAACUGAUGUCAAUGAGUAUUGCACCUCGAAUGAUGAGUGUGUAGCCUUCAAACAAUUCACCUUUUUCCUGAAAUUUGUAUUGCCUGCUUUAAGCUUCCUUUUUAAAUGUGUUUUAAAUCCCAAC